AUGCACCUACCUCGUCCAAAUACAAUACAAUGUGCUCGUCAUUUAGCCACGGCAACGAGACGAAGACCUACCCCAAUUCGAGAAAUUUCAAAAGAAGAGACUAAAAAAUAUUCAUUUUACGAUUUGGUGUUACGUACCCCCUCACAUCCACGACAUCCCAUCGAGGCGCUGUUGAUGAAAGAUAGUGAACUCAAGGAAUUGAAAAAGCACACAAAAGUUCGAUUCGAAGGUAAUUAUUCGCUUGAUCCAAAUAUUAGUCCCGAGGAACGUAUAGCCAAGGUUUUUGGCGGUAGGAUCAAAGGUGAAGAUCGCCAAGCAUCAAGUAGAAUUGAACGUGGUGAACCAAAAGUGAUUGCAGGAAUAACGGUGCCUUCACGUCCACCUGAGCCAGAUAAUUGUUGUAUGAGUGGAUGCAUCAAUUGUGUUUGGGAAUUGUUUCAAGAAGAUUUAAAAGACUGGAAUGAGAAACGCGAAAUGGCGGCAAAGAAGUUAGUAGCUAAUGGUGGAAGAUGGCCUGAGAAUUUCAAUCCACCUUUAAAGGCAUUGAAGAGGGAAAAUUAUCCUCCAAGUUUGGCCGAUUUGCCCGAUUCUGAAUUAACUCCUGAAAGAGUUGAAGGUACUGUUCAGGAUGAAACUUGGGGAGAUGUUCCAGUGACAAUUCGAGUGUUUACCGAAGUGGAAAAGAAAAUCAAAGCAAGACGUAAACAAAGAAUGGCAGAGAUGGAAAAACAUUCCAGGGGGGACGUUGCUGAUGUAUCACACCAUAAAGAACAAAGCGGUGCCAAUGACGAACAUAGACAGGAAUCGUCACUACAAAGCAAUACUCAUCAAAAGCAUUUGCAACAUGCACAAUAA